AAUCCAGGGGCAAUUCUAUAGCCUUGAUCAUCGAUUUUAAUGCCCUCACAGAGAGUGCCAUUUCCCUAUCGACCUCAACACCGCCAGCGACGACGCCGGAGCCCGAGACGGAGAUUCCGAGCCGUGAUGUCCUCCGCCACCGGAGCCACCUCCGACCACCAGCCAGAGUGGCUCGAUGAGGCCAUCAAUGGUGGCUCCCUCCGCAACGUUGACCUCGAUACUGGAUCCAACGGAUGGGCAUCCCCCCCUGGCGAUCUCUUCCACCUAAGGGCUCCAAACUACUUCUCUCGCCGCCAGAAGUGCCCCUCCGGCGACUGGCUUCUCAAACCCGCCGGUGUCGACUGGCUCCGCUCUCCAUCUCGUCUCGACGACGUCCUUGGCCGCUCUGACAAUCGCGUGAUGGCCGCCCUCCGCCGCGCCCAAUCCGAAGGCAAAUCCAUGAAAUCCUUCAUCAUCGCCAUCAAUCUCCAGGUUCCUGGCCGUGAAUCUCACUCCGCCGUCUUCUACUUCGCUGCCGAAGACCCGAUCCCACCUGGAUCUCUUCUCUACCGCUUCGUCCAUGGCGACGACGCGUUCCGCAACGCUCGGUUCAAGAUCGUCAACCGGAUCGUCAAGGGCCCUUGGAUCGUGAAGGCUGCUGUUGGUAACUACGCCGCCUGCCUCCUCGGCCGUGCUCUCACCUGUAACUACCACCGCGGCGAGAACUACCUCGAGAUCGACGUCGACAUCGGAAGCUCAGCAAUCGCCAGUGCCAUCCUCCACCUCGCCCUAGGCUACGUGACCGCCGUCACAAUCGACAUGGGAUUCCUCGUCGAGGCCCAAACCGAGGAGGAGCUCCCGGAGAAGCUCAUCGGCGCCGUGAGGGUCGCCCAGAUGGAGAUGUCCGCCGCCGCCUUCGUCGAAACACGGCCGCGUCUAGAGCGCAAUCUCUUCCGCGGCGGCGCUUCACGUGUGAACCAUCACGCUGAUCAAACGGCCACGAAUCAGAGCACGCAUCUCGAGGAAGAGGUACUCUAGAAUCUUCGAUCCAGGUACUCGUUCUCACGCCCUAGUCUCUCUCUUCUCUCCUUUUUUGAGUGGCUUGAUUGGAAUCUCUCACUGUAGAUAAUUAUCCACUGGUUCUUGGGUUUGAAGAGAUGGCACUUCCAAAAAAAAAACUAUUUAUCAUCAUAAUCUAAUAAUAAUGAGAAAAAAAAUUUCUAAUUUUUAAUAA